UGAUACGGACAACAGUGUGUGCGCACUUAGAAACUGCGGUGUGUCACCGCCACUCAACCACAAUUCCAAGAAAACCAAAUACAAAUACAAAAGCCGCAGAUUCGAAACGGAAACACGAAGAAAACAAAAAGCAUGGACAUUGAUGGGAUCUUGGGCACGAGACAGCCGUCUAAAAGCAGCAAUCCCAGGAAAAUAUGGCUCAAGACACGAGAGAUGUGGCUGGUGGUUCUGGGUGUGAUCCUUCACGCUGUGUAUAUGCUUAGCAUUUUCGAUAUCUAUUUCAAGACUCCGAUUGUUCAUGGCAUGGAUCCCGUGACCCCUCGCUUCAAGGCACCCGCCAAACGCCUCGUCCUCUUAGUGGCGGAUGGUUUACGUGCUGAUAAAUUUUUUGAGCCGGAUUCAAAUGGGAAUUUUAGAGCACCAUUUUUGAGGAGUGUGAUUAAAAAUCAAGGUCGUUGGGGAGUGUCUCACGCUCGACCUCCUACUGAGUCAAGGCCUGGACAUGUUGCUCUAAUUGCUGGUUUUUAUGAGGAUCCUAGCGCUGUUACCAAAGGAUGGAAAGCUAAUCCUGUUGAAUUUGAUUCGGUUUUUAAUCAAAGCCGGCAUACAAUUUCUUAUGGUAGCCCAGAUAUUGUUCCAAUAUUUUGUGGAGCAUUGCCACACAGCACCUGGAAUACUUAUCCUCAUGAGUAUGAAGACUUUGCAACUGAUGCGUCUUUUUUGGAUGAGUGGUCUUUUGAUCAAUUUCAGAGCCUUCUUAAUAGGUCCAAUGAAGACCCGAAGUUAAAGGAGCUACUACUACAGGAUAAUCUUGUUAUAUUUCUACAUCUACUUGGUUGUGAUUCAAAUGGACAUGCACAUCGGCCCUUUUCAUCAAUCUAUCUCAAUAAUGUAAAGGUUGUUGACCAUAUUGCUGAGCGUACGUAUGCUCUUCUUGAGGGCUAUUUCAAGGACGAUCGUACGGCGUAUGUUUUCACCGCCGAUCAUGGGAUGCAUGACAAAGGUAGUCAUGGAGACGGUCAUCCCACAAACACUGAUACCCCUCUCGUUGUUUGGGGAGCAGGUGUUAAUUAUCCCAAGCUUUCAUCUGGUACAAAUCAUUCUAAUUGUGGUUUUCGUUUUGUCGAUGAUCAUGAACAUGAUACUUUAACACCUAAAGAAUGGGGUCUUGACGAAAUUGAGAGGGUGGAUGUCAAUCAAGCAGAUAUUGCACCACUCAUGUCAACUCUUCUUGGACUGCCAUGUCCUGUUAACUCAGUUGGGAAUCUACCACUUGAAUACAUUAACAUGAAUGAAGCAGAAAAAGUUGAAGCUGUGCUGGCCAAUACGAAGCAAAUUCUCAACCAGUUUCUUCGGAAAUCAUAUAUAAAGCAGUCAAACUCAUUUUAUUUCAAGCCCUUUAAGCCACUGGCUGAUUAUUCUUCUACACUGAAUCGGAUUGAGGAGUUAAUUUUUGUCAAAGACUAUGAAGCGGCAAUGAAGCUUUCAGAAAACCUAAGAAGCUCAGCGCUGCAGGGGCUUCACUAUUUUCAAACUUAUGACUGGUUGAUGCUGAUGUCCAUAAUUACUCUUGGGUAUAUUGGUUGGAUGGUCUGUCUUCUUCUUCAUGUGCUGCAAUCUUAUACAUCAGUACCAGGAAAUAUAUUAAGAAAGGAAUCUGCAUUCCACCAGAGAAAUAAUAGUAGAAAAGUAUACCUAAUGGGAUGUCUGUUGUUGGGAGUAAUUUGUAUUAAAUUCAUGCUGGAACACUCUCCUCCCCUUUACCAUGCAUACAUGGCGAUGACAGUGUUUCUCUGGAUGCAAAUACUAAGUGAAUAUCAGUUUAUACUGGCUUUGUGGAGACACAUACAGUGGGGGAAAAUCAAUUUUAUUGUUAAACUUCUUGCCAUUGUUGCUGUGUCAAUAUUGAUUGUUGAAUUCCUGGUGAAUAGCUUCACUAAGAGAGAGCUCUACACUUGGUGUUUUCUAACUGUGGGGGUUUUAGCUUCUUUUUAUCUUUUUAAAUCAAUUCCAUGGAGAUCUAGAAUACCAAUUUUUGUUUGCAUAACAUGUUGGUUUUUGUCCAUAUUUACGUUGAUGCCAGCAGAAAUUCCUGACAAUAAUCCAUUGGUAAUUUCCAGUGGGGCAAUGAUCAUCAUAAUUGGGGCAACUGCAAGAUGGCUAGAUCUGCAUGCUGAAGGGAAGAAGUAUUGGCAAAGUAUCUGUAAUCAUGAAACAAAAAAGUCCAGAUUUCCAAUGCUCUUUUACUUGCAGGCUCUACUAGUUGGGUUAGCAUCGGUAAUGGUGUCACUGUCAACUUCUCACAGAACAGAGAAGCAAGAACUGCUGCCAGUACAUCAGAUGAUAAAUUGGUUAAUUGCUGGUUACUCAAUGGUUCUGCCACUUUUUUCAGAAAAUGGCCUCCUUUCCCGACUUACUUCUAUAUUUCUUGGCUUUGCACCUUGCUUCCUUCUUCUAUCUAUAGGAUAUGAAGCUGUCUUCUAUAGUGCACUUGCUCUUGUACUAAUGUCAUGGAUACUAUUUGAAAACACACUUCUCCACCCAAGUGCAGUGAAAAAUUUGUCACCUCACACUAGAAAUAUGGAGGAACAUAUGAUUCUUGAAAAUGAUAAUAGAUACUUGCAGCUGUCUGAUAUUAGAAUUCCACUAACUUUUAUGGUUUUAUUCAACAUUGCAUUCUUUGGCACUGGUAAUUUCGCAAGUAUUGCAAGUUUUGAGAUAUCGUCAGUCUAUCGGUUCAUCACUGUGUUCAGUCCGUUUCUGAUGGCAGCCCUGCUUAUCUUCAAGUUAUUCAUACCAUUCAUGCUUGUCAUAUGUGCGUUCAGUGCAAUAACAAAACUACUCCGAAUCCCACGGUUGGGAUGCUAUUUUCUUGUUAUAUUGCUUUCAGAUGUAAUGACUGUCCACUUCUUCUUCCUGGUACGAAACAAAGGAAGCUGGAUGGAAAUUGGCAAUAGCAUCAGCCAUUUUGGAAUCAUGAGUGCCCAAGUUGUGUUUGUGCUGUUGCUCUUUGCCCUAACAAAUAUAUACACGAAAGACAUCCAUAUUAGAUCUGCUAGGCUCUCUCCUCAGAAAGUACUGUAGGAUAAAAUUAGUAGCUUUUGCAGUGAAAUUAGCCCUCAGAACUCUUCCAAGGCAAGCAUUUACAAGCAUACAGCAAUUUUUAUAGAUUAAUAGCGGCUGCAGGAUGGUGCUUUUGGAUCUUGUAUUAGCUUAUAUUUUAUCAGUGAAACCAUUCUCUUGUAAUGGGAUUUUGCAGUGUUCCAAUUGAUUGUAAGAGUGCUCACCGAUUUUGGCUUUCCUUCUGGUGUAGAGCGAAAGAUAAGUUCAAAUUUUGAUUCCAUUGAUUAAUUCUAAGCGAAAUUGACAAUACCUAUUGUUGUAGUAUCUUUGGAAUGGUAUUUUUGGGUAGUUUCCACCUUCUUAUAAAUUGUAACACUUCUUAUAAAUAGUUAACAUCUUGAUUUCAUAGUCA